UUAAAACUUACAAUAAUGACACCACGUUCAAAAUGGCUGCGUAGUACAACCAUGGAAAUGUCCGAAUUCCCAACCCAAAAGGAUGUUCCAGUCUCUUUGGUUCUCGUUGUUGGUGGGAUAGGGCAAGGUAAAAGUUCCUUCAUCAAUUCUGUUACGGAGAAAUACGAAUGCAAAGUAGGGGACACUUGGGGUGUCGAUCAAACCAUAACGAAAGAGGUCCAAGAAGUUGACUUGAAGCGAAAGGAUGAUAUUAUUACUUUCAUUGAUACACCCUCACUUAGGACGCUGAAAUCUAGCCCUAAAUUUCAAGACUUGAGCAAAACUGGGUUCCAUGCUAUUGUUAUUGUAUGUUCCGUGAAGUCAUAUAAACCUGGAUCUCCAGUGUUACAAGAAGUGAAAAAUUUGUUUGGAGACGAUAUUUAUAGAUAUGCGUUGAUUGUUCUAACUUUUGAGGACUACUUAUCUGAUUCAACUGUCGAGGAGUUUCUGAAAGCUAACACGGAAUUGAAGGAAUUCUCGAAGAAAACGGGAGAUAAAUGUAUUGCUUUCAAUAAUUCACUAAAAAAUGGGAGCGAAGAGGCCAGUGAACAGAGGAAACGCUUCUUUGUGUACCUUGACGCAAUCCUCAGACAAAAUGAUGAGCAACCACUGCAAAGAAAAGGCGCAUGCGCACAAUGUUGUGUUCGACUUUGUUCGUGUUGUCGAUUGUGUUUUACGUGGUGUAAACAAAUCAUAAAUGGGGAUAGGUAAGAACAAAGCGACACCGGAAACCAUAUACCCAGCUGAGCUUUCCCAGUGGAUUUCUCUGAUAUUCCUCUUUGACAUAACAUAAACCGCAUUAACGAUAAUAGCAUUUUGGUGACUGAUCUUUUACAAAUAAAAUAUUUCAUUGAUAAUUUUGUUAAACGACAACAGUCUGUUAUCAAAAUACUUCAUGUUAUAAUAUUUAUAUUCUGUAUGAUAAACGUCCAAACUUUGAACAGAAUUGAUCUGGUGCGUUUCCAUCAUAUGACGUCAUUCACAUGUAAUUAAUCAACUUAAAAAACUUCUUAUUACUUUUAAAAAAUGCAAGAUAUUUAGAAGAGAAAUUAGUUUAUAGCCAGUAUAUAUUCUUGUGUGCAAAAAUUCGCUAUUUGGAUGCUAAAUUUUUAUCUCAGAGAGGCAUAUUUGAAAGACUUAAGAUCUAUGUAACGGAUAGUAUCAUACAUGUAUAUGGAUUUAAAUACCGUAAAUUUAGUUAAGAAUACACGAGUCUUUUAAUAAGGCGAUACAUUUAAUUUGUAUAAUAUUUGUUUAUGGUAGGAUAAAAAUAUGCAAUUGGCAUGUCUAGCCAUUAUAAACAAAUCGAUUAGGUUAAACGGGUCAAAAUCUGUUGGCAGGUUAACAUAUAAUCUUCAUAAUUUUUUUAGUCUUACGCCCUUUAUACUAAUUUUUGACUGACCAGAGUUUAGAGUUCAGGGUAUAUUUUCUUCCUGGGAACUAUUGUUGCCAUUAUUGUGUACUUCGUUAUCUUGUCUACAAGCAAUUUUCUUUUUAAAAACAGAUAAAAAAAAAUACACAU